UAGAUUGAUUCCCUUCCUUUUGACAAAUCAGUGAUUGCCUUUGCUGGUAUCUGUGUGCGCGCGUAAGACCCUGAUGUCUGCAUUUCUUGGUAUUUCCAUGUUCAACAUGACCCAUGAAGGGAAAGGGAAAAUAUUGGAGGUAAAGGUUUCCCACUUUCAUCCUUUAUCUUCUGCUUCUUUCUUGACCAGGGAAACGAGGAUUCUGUGGAGCCUCCUCUUGGAUGCUGUCAGGGAGCAAAUAACACAGGAAGAACAAGUCCUCUCAAGGCGAUGAUCUUGCUGAAUUCUUGACCUCACUUACAGAUAAGAAAGGAAAAUACGAAGAGUCAAGUGUCCGUAUAACAAUUACACACCCAUAUCGCUCUUGACAUGGAGGAGGAAGCAUCUAAAUACAUAGAGUGUGGGACGAGUUUCACUUGGAGGGAUGAUCUGCAGCAGCAUGGAAGAACUUACACUGGAGAGAAACCCUAUAAAUGCCUGGAGUGUGGGAAGACCUUCGCUCAAAGUUCAGGUCUACAUUCACAUCAAAGGACUCACACUGGGGAGGAACCCUAUACAUGCCUCGAGUGUGGGAAGAGCUUUACUCAUAGUUUAUGUGUGCAUCAAAGGACUCACACUGGGGAGAAACCCUAUACAUGCCCAGAGUGUGGACAGAACUUUGCUUAUAGUUCAGAUCUAUAUUCACAUCAAAGGACUCACACUGGGGAAAAACCCUAUACAUGCCUGGAAUGUGGACAGAACUUUGCUAAGAGUUCAAAUCUACGUUUGCAUCAAAGGACUCACACUGGGGAGAAACCUUAUACAUGCCUUGAGUGCGGAAAGAGCUUUGCUAACAGUUCAAAUCUACGUUUGCAUCAAAGGACACAUACUGGGGAAAAACCCUAUACAUGCCUGGAGUGUGGGAAGAGCUUCAUUCAGAGGGCAGCUCUGUAUCCACAUCAAAGGACUCACACUGGGGAGAAACCCUAUACAUGCUUUGAAUGUGGGCAGAGCUUCUCUAUGCGUGGAAAUCUAGAUACACAUCAAAGGACUCACACUGGUGAGAAACCAUAUACAUGCUUUGAAUGUGGGCAGAGCUUCUCUAGGCGUGGAAACCUAUGUUCACAUCAAAGGACUCACACUGGGGAGAAACCUUAUAAAUGCCUCGAGUGUGGACAGAGUUUCACUUCUAGUUCAAGUCUACGUUCACAUCUAAGGACUCACACUGGGGAGAAACCCUUUACAUGCCUGGAGUGUGGACAGGUCUUCUCCAAGAGUCAAAAUCUACGUUCACAUCAAAGGACUCACACUGGGGAGAAACCCUAUACAUGCCUGGAGUGUGGGCAGAGUUUCACUCAGAAUGGAAGUCUACAGAAGCAUCAAAGGACUCAUACAGGAGAGAAACCCUAUACGUGCCUGGAGUGUGGAAAGUGCUUCACUCAUAAUUCAAGUCUACAUUCACAUCAACGCAUUCACACUGGGGAAAAACCCUAUACAUGUCUGGAGUGUGGGAAGAGCUUCACUUAUAAUUCAGGCCUACGUUCACAUGAAAGGACUCACACUGGGGAGAAACCCUAUACAUGUCUGGAGUGUGGAAAGAGUUUCUAUAAGAGUGGAAAUCUAUGUUCGCAUCAAAGGAUUCACUCUGGGGAGAAACCCUUUAAAUGCUUGGAGUGUGGACAGAGUUUCACUCAGAAUGGAAGUCUACGUUCACAUCAAUGGACUCACGCUGGGGAGAAACCCUAUAAAUGCCUGGAGUGUGGACAGAGCUUCACUCAGAGUUCAAGUCUACGCUUACAUCAGAAGACUCACACUGGGGAGAAACCCUAUAAAUGCCUAGACUGUGGACAGACCUUCACUCAGAGUUCAAGUCUAUGUUCACAUCAAAGGACUCACACUGGGGAGAGACCCUAUAAAUGCCUGGAGUGUGGACAGAGCUUCACUGAGAAAGGAAAUCUACGUAGACAUCAAAGGACUCACACUGGGGAGAAACCUUAUAAAUGCCUUGAGUGUGGACAGUGCUUCUCUCAGAAUGUAAGUCUACAUAGACAUCAGGAUUCACAUAGACAUCAGAAGAGUCACACUGGGGAAUAACUCUGUAAACGCACGGAGCGUGGAAAGAACUUCUCUGAAAGUGGAAAACAUUGGGGAGGACAGUGGUAUUUCACCCCAGAGAGACUCUGUAACACAGCGUUCCAAACUUUUCAAGUCAGUGACACACUUUUAAGACAUGCAUCCCUUCGCAACUUAGUAAUUCUGUUUAUCUAGCAAACCAGAGGGUACAGAAAUCCCUUAUAAGAUUUUCAGUAUAUACAAUAUAAUGUCAUA